UUUGCUCAGAGUUUCCAUGAGGUUACAGCUCAUGCGAGACUACGACAUCUAUUGACUUUCUUACCUAUCUCUCUAAAGAAACAUGAGGUCAUCACGCAGUACUGCUCGCUGCACACCGCACACUCGCAUAUACAUAUCAACACAAUACGGCUAUGCUCCACCUCCAUUGACCUUAGGCGACAAGGCAGCAGACCUCCCUCACACAAUACCUGCUGAGCCACACAGCCCGAGCAUGCUUAUUUCACCUUAAACGGAGCUGGAUUCUGUUGUUGCGAGUAAUAUUUUGCGGAUAAACAUACUGUGUGAAACUAUAGCAGAGACAUUGUACAUUUGGUUCAACUCUUUUCCCUCCAGCAGCCCGAUUCUCAUAUCACUCGGGAACGACUAGGCGAAGCUCCAGAGACAUGGAUUUUGGGAUUGGACACAUUAUUGUGGGAAUGACUCAAGCCAAACUUGCAUCUGAUUCUUAAUCAGUCCUCUGUUGUUGGAUAUAUAAUGCCGGAUUACUCAAGAUGAUGGAGUUGAAUUAUGCUUUCAUAAGUGAAAACGGGAAGGAAGUGGAUAAAACUUUGGACUGGAGUUACGUAGACUGGCAUGAAAAGAAAACGGUCAGAGGGACAGAUGCACAGACCCAAACCCAAUGCGUACAAAGUGAGGACAAAGACACACAAACUGCUAGUCCUUUCAUAAUGCGAAUAGAUUUAGGAAGGAUGCCCUCCAGACUGAGGUACGGUUCCCUUACAGAGUCUGACCGCAUGCCUCCACACUUAUUUCAGUUUGACAGACAAGCCCCGGCCCGCAUCUCCACAUCUCCCACUCUGAGGAGGAUGAGGAGCACGAGAAUCUUCUACAGAGAUCCAAGCAAGUCAGACGGUCCUUUAGGAGAGGAGUCUCCCACUCCCACGAGUCCCCUUCCUCCAUUAUUCCGGCAGAAAUCUCCACUGGUGGUUCAGUCGGAUGGAGAGAAUGGGAACUUUGAAUCUUCAGUGAUUUAUGGGACAAUUAGAUCACACAGAUCAAAGACCCUUGACAAUGGCGUCAUUUGCAAAAGCAAAGAGUCUCAUGAUUCAAAGGAGCCAGUUUCUGAUGAUAAUGAGAGCACAACCAAUGACAAUGACCAGGUCAAGGAUCCCUGUCAUAAAAGGAUGCAGGAGAGGAGGCGGAGCUCCGUGGUUGUGAGUCUUCCUGGACUGGAUGUUUCUCCUGGAGAUUUGUUCGUGUCCAAUGGCGUUGCUGAUAUUUUAAAUAAAUCAGCCUAUUCAGACACUAAGAAAUCAAAGUGGCCUUUCUCGAGGCGUAACACACAGACAAAAGGGAAGACUCGCAGCGUAGCUGACAUUGACAAGUGUCUGGCUGGCAUUCAGAUCCAGGAAUGGCGAGACACAGACUUUCAGACAUAUAAGGAUAUGUCUUUGGAGGACUUUUUGAGAGGUCACUCUGAACUGGGAGCAGCGGAGAAUCCAAAAGCCUACCGUAAACAGGAAGCCAUUUGGGAGCUUUUCACCAGUGAAUGCGUCUACUUCCUCGAUCAGCUCAUGGUUUUAAAAGAGGUGUUUUUGACCACACUAACAGACCUUCAGAUAAGAGAGUGUCUUCAAGACAUUGACUCCUGGAGGCUCUUUGCAAAUCUCAAUGAGCUCUGUCUGGUUAGCUUUGGCUUCCUUACUAGCCUCUUACAUGUCAUUAAGGAGAUGUGGACAAAUCCAGACAGCUAUAGUACUCAAUCUCUUCUUGAACUCCUAAAAAAGGCGUUUGGUGACAGCAUUUGCCAUUGUCUACAAAAAUACUGCCUGAAUUACAGUACGGCCAUCCUUUAUCUGGACAGCCUGAAGUUCAGGGAGGACUUUGGCUCUUUUGUGAAGUGGUGUGAACGAAACGAGCAGUGCCGCAGGCUGCAGCUGAAGGAUCUGCUGGUGGUUCCUCUGCAGAGGUUUACACGGUACCCUCUGCUGUUGAAGAACAUAGGGAAAAAGAGUUGCUCGGAGACCGAGGAGAACACCAUACAGACCAUCGUGGAUCUCGUUGACAGAGCCAUCUAUGAUCUUGACGGAAAAGUGAAGUGGUUGGACAACUAUCAGAAGGUGAAGCAGCUGAAGGAAGCUCUGGUGUGGCUUCCUGUUUGGGAGCGAGACAAGAGGGCGCAUGUUCCUGAGAAUCUGAAGCACUUGCUAAAAGCUGUAACCCUUGAGAACCUGGUGUCUCAUCGUAGUCUUCUGCACGAUGGGAAGCUUGUUCUCAUAGAAAAUGCAAAGAUGCAUGAGGUCUACCUGUUUCUAUUUGACGAAUUCCUUCUAAUCACGAAGAUCAAGCGAAGCAAAAAGAGGUCUGGCAUGGUGGAGUCGAGCCCCCUGCGUUCGGCUGCAGGCCAAGAGCUUGAGCUCUUAUUACAGGAGAGCUGUAGCUUCAUUGUCCUGGACCAGCCCAUCUCUCUGGACCGCCUGCAGUUAAAGAACAUAGACCAGCUCAACGCCACAGCAUCUGGUCUGCCCAAUUCCUUCAUAAUAAUGCACCAGAAUCGUUACCAGCAGUGCAUCGGAGUCUUCAUUCUGCAAGCCCAGACUGAAUCUGUGAAGAAAGCGUGGGUGUCGGAGAUUGAGGAUGCCACCAAUUCUCUGCUGAAGCAGGACUGUCAGCAGCCGCGGGUCAAGAACUCUUUUCUGGAGUCUUCACAGAUCUAAUUUACACAGAGACUUUCUAGAGAACUUCCCCAAGAGUGCCAAUGAACCACAGCAGUGCACAAAGUUCACCCAAAAAUGAAAAUUCUGUCAUCAUUUACUCCCCUUCAUGUUAAUCCAAACAUGACAGGCUUUUACGAGAGAAUGUCUGUUCGUUUCCAUACAGUAAAGUAGGACUGAAGCGGUCAAGCUCUUAAAAGGACUGAAGUCACCAUGAAAGUAUUCAUGUCUUCUGUAUGACUCAAAUUGUGCAAAACGUCUCUUUUUAUGUCCUAGAAAGAAAACCAUGAGUGUUUGAAACUUUUUUUUGUUGCUAAAAAUGGAAAUACAUCACCACUGUAACAGUAGUAACACCGAGCAAUUUAAAGUUCCACAAAAGGAGCUGCUUUUCAAUUUCCUUCUUUUUUUUUUCAUUUUUGGAUAACUGAAUGUUGCACGUUCCUAACGCAAAUAAAUAAUGAUGAAUUUGUGUCACAGAGAGUGACAUUGUGUGUUGUGGGAAAGUUAAAUGCUAAGAUACAGUAAAGAACCUACUGUAUGUGUUGUAAUACAGUGUGCAAGUUAGCAAAAUUCUAAUUUGUAUAAAUUAAAAAUUUCUUUAAAACAAUGUUAUGCAUUACGU